AUGUCAUUCCUAAGGAUUGGGGCCACUAUUCCAGAGUAUAGUCAUAUACUCAGCUUCAGACGUCAAGUAUACAUAGCUCCCACCGAAAGUACCAUACCAGAAUCCUUGGUGAUUAGUCAUGAAGGGUUGUCAUAUCGCAUAUUCUUAUCAUUGGACAGCCAAAAAUGUUUCAAGUGCAACCAAUCAGGACACAUAGCCAACAAUUGCAGAUCUACAUCCCAACCAUCGACCUCAAACAUGGAUGAUACCGUCCUUCCCUCAUCCUCAGUAAAACCCAAUAAUAACAUGUCUAGCAGUAUUCAACUGGAACCCACUAUCACACAGGCAGCCGAAGUUCGACAGACACAACUGCCAAUCUUAACUGAAGAAUCUCCUAACAGACAGACCAUAUCCACUCCACAACCAAUAUUGAGUCAAAGCAAAGAACUUAACAUAGAAAUGCCACCUACUCCAUCCGUAGCAACCACCGACGAUGCCAGCAACACAGGCAAAAGAAGUUUUUCAACAAUUGUUACCCCAACAUCAGAUGUUGAAACCUCAUCAACUCCAACCUCCGGACCAACCUUUAUAAAGCCAGCUAAAGCAUCAGUGAAAAAACCAAAAAUAGACUCCCAGCAAGCAGUUAUUUCAGAUCAAGCCUACGAACCAGCCAAACGUUUUAUAGACACAAACCAAGACCUUUUAGUAUUAAAUUCUAUCCAGAUGAAAAGUCUCUUAGAAAAUGUGCACGGAACCCAGAACGUUAUAUCAGUAGUAAACGAAUACACCGUAGAUAUAAAAAGCUUGAUUGAAACAAUACUGCUCAUAUACCCUCAUUUAUCGGACCGAGCCCUGAAGAACAGGUUAACCAGGUUGCGCAAAAAACUAGAACGGCACAUCGAAAAUGACAAUAUCGACAGCGAAACCUCUUCUGUAGAUUCUAGUUUCUUUUAA